AUGGUCAAUGCUAAUACAAAGCUUUACAAAAAAGCCACCACCUUUGAAAAAUGUCCCUCUGAUAUCGCCGAUCCACUUACCGUCACAAUUUCACCUGAUCCUUUCGUUCUUGGUAAACCCAAUGCAUUUACCAUUUCCGGUAAAUUAUCAGCAGACAUCAAUAAUCAGACCGUAGUUGAGAUUUCAUUCGGUGAUAAGUUUGAAAGUCUCUUGGAACCAAUGACCACGUCUCCAGCUUGCACCCAAUGUCCAAUUUUAGCUGGAAGUCAAUUUAGUAUGGUAGCAACAGUUAAUGUACCAGCUUCUAGUGUACCAACUAAAACGGCAAGUGAUUAUCCUACUGCUGCAACCUCUGGUAGCGAGAAAAUCGAACGGAGUG